ACUAAGAGCAGACCAGACCACUCGACGAGGGAAGUGGAUAUUGACAGCAUGGACGUGAUUCCUAGGGAGAAAACACCGCCACAGGAUGAUUACGCAAGAAAAGAGAAUGCCAUGGUGGACAUUGGCGGUGGCCUUCAAAUAAAUUCUAGCGCAUGGCACCACAUUCAGGGCCAUCAAAAGGAUUCCCUUUUCGUUAAGGACCUCCUCCUGGGAAUUUGGCCCAAGGACCAGCUGAAAAACCGCUCUUUGCAAGGGAAGCGGUGUCCACGAUUUCCCGAUCGGCCUGCAAAGGCUCCACUGACACCUUGGAAAGUGGAAGUGAUGCGUGACUGUUACAGACGGAGACUGCAGCGCCAGGGGAUUCCCGAAACCCUUAUGCCUGCUGCACUCAAGCAGCUGAACCAUUUCGUGGUUGAGAAGCUGGCAGACCUUGAGAGGCUGGCAAAACGGUGAGGUGCUGUUAUAAAUGUGUUUUGACUAAUUUCAGGGAG